CCGGGAUAUCCUGUAAAACAAUAGGCUGUGUUUCGAUGAAGCAACUUCUGAGACCCAGGUCUAUUUAAAUGUGGAAUAUCUUUGUAGUUCAACUUUGAAUUCGUACAGAAUAAUGAAAGUUUUCAAUAACUGGAGCCUUUGGCUAUUCAUUUCUUGGUUUUCAAUCGUCCAAGCUGAGACCGGUGAACCAUAUACACACACAAGGGAUCCUAAGAUAGCCCUCAAUGCUUGUAACGCAUUGAUAUCCAGUUCGGCAACGUUCUGUAAAGCUGCUGCUCGAAGAAGACGUGAUUACAGCUGUGUCUGCAAAAAUACAAAUGCAUUGGCAACGUUCUCAGGAUGCUAUCAUAUGCUUGGCAAAGACACUCCAAAGUAUGUCAAUUACUUUUUGAAGCAAUGCGAGUUAUACAAUGUCACUUUAAGUCCAAUUGAUUUUGAGGAUGCAUACAAGAACUAUACAAGUCUCUCAAAGUUUCCUCAUGAAAUCGAAGGAUUUAAUAAGACAAAGCCUAUCGAUGUACCAAUUGCUUUAACUCAGAAUGCUACUGAUAUUUAUUGGAAGUCCUACAAGCAGUUUAAUGGCAAUUAUGAAGACUCCCUUUACUAUGGGGCUGGUGUCUUGGGCUAUUGGCUUCUUGUUUUUGUAUUGGCUGCUAUCAGUAACUGGGGAAAAUUCUUGUUUCCAUCUGUUUUCAAGUUUUUCACGGGUCCAGUUUCUAAUAUCUGGAGAAAGCACGUUACAUUACCAGCUACAUCGAGAAAGAAGAAAAGCAAUGAACAACGGUUCUUAUUCAUAUUCGAUUUACUUAUCCCUUCCAGAUUGGAAACUCUAAUUUUAGUGGGAUUCCUUUUUGUUCUCAUUGCAUGUUUGGGUGCAAAUAUGACUUAUCAUGAGGGGGACCCUAUAUUCACCAAUCGGAGGGAGGCAAUGCUCAGAUACUUAGCUGAUAGGACUGGAAUUGUUACUACUGUUUUAAUGCCCUUGUUGAUUCUCUUUGCUGGUAGGAAUAAUUUCCUUCAAUGGUUUACUUUGUGGAACUACGCAACCUUUAUAGCCUUCCACAGAUGGGUUGCUAGGGCCGUAUUUAGCAUGGUUGUCGUUCAUGCAGUUUGCUUCACGAUAUAUGAAGGAUCCCGUUACAGUCAUGCUGUUCAACAAACAUACUUUAAAUGGGGUAUUAUCGCCACUGUUGCUGGAGGGAUCAUUAUGUUCCAGGGAAUGCUUUUCUUAAGACGCAGAUGGUACGAGAUGUUCUUACUAAUUCAUAUUAUUAUGGCCGCUUUGUUUAUUGGAGGUGCUUGGAUCCAUACGGAUGAGCUUGGAUAUGUUUGGUUUUACUACGCUACAUCUGCUGUUUGGGUUUUCGACCGAGCUGUGAGACUAGGAAGAAUUUUCAGUUUCGGUUUCCCAGAUGCAAGGGUAUUCUUGCUUGCUGACGAGACUUUGAAAGUUAAAGUACCAAAGCCUAAAUACUGGAAGUCAAUUCCUGGUGGGCAUGCCUUUAUUCAUUUUUUGAGACCGUCUUGCUUCUGGCAAUCGCAUCCAUUCACUUUCAUUGAUUCGAUAGAAGAUGAAAAUACCAUCACUUUGUACUGCAAGGUGAAAGGUGGGGUAACUCACGGUUUGUACCAAUACCUAGCCACGCAUCCCGGAAGAUCAACCCAUAUCAAGGUAGCUUUGGAAGGUCCCUAUGGUGCUCCAAGUCCCGUGAGCAGAUACGACACUAGUGUUUUCAUUGCAGGAGGAAAUGGUAUUCCUGGAAUUUACUCUGAAAUUCAUAAUUUGGCUACUAGAUCCAAGGACAAUAUCAAACAGUCUUUGAAGUUGUACUGGAUCGUUAGGGACUACAAGUCAUUGUACUGGUUCUAUGAGGAGUUGUUAGCUCUUAAAAACUCCAAGAUUCAAACAACCAUUUACAUUACAAAGCCAGAUACGGGCGAUUGUCUUGAAGAAUUUAAUCUCAGAUUUCCAUUAGGGCAUCGUGAAGAAUUGGAUCUGGAGGAAGAGAAAGAAUUGAAAUUGAACAACAAGCACAUCUCAUUACGAUCUGUCACCUCCUCCUAUGAUAACUACUCGGCAAACAGGAGAAUUGUCUCUAUUAUCCAAGAAGAAUUAUCACACGUUUCUUUCAAGGAAGGCCGGCCCUGCAUUGAGAAGAUUGUUACGGAAGACACUCGGGAAUCACAAGGAUCCACAGCCUUCACAGUUUGUGGACACCCCAUCAUGGUCGAUGAUCUCCGAAAAGCAAUAGUGAGAAACUUGGGACAUACUGAUGGGAAGAGGGUUGACUUUUUUGAAGAAUUGCAAGUAUGGGCUUAG